AUGGGAUUUGUUUCUCUCUGGAUUAAUUUUUUACUUAUAUGUCCGGUCGGUAUAGCAGCAGCUUCUUUGAUUUUUACCACAUAUUUGCUUCAACCCGUUUUCCCUAAUUGUGAAAUACCUGAAAGUGGCUUGCGUUUAAUAUCUGCUUGUAUUGUCAUGCUGCUGAUUGCCUUGAAUUGCAUCAAUGUGAAAUUAGUCACCAAAUUACAACAUCAUCAAAACCGGCAACCUCCUCUCUCUGUCCCUUUUCUCAUUCCUCCUCUCUCUCCUCUCCCUCCUCUCUCUGUCCCUUUUCUCUGUUUCCUCCUCCUCCCUCUCUCUGUCUUUUCUCUUUUCUCUCAUUCCUCUCUCCUGUCCCUUGCUACUUGUCUUUUUCCCUUCCCUUCCCUCCUCUCUGUGUCUUUUUCUCUUCCCUUCUCUCCUCUCUACCCUCCUUUUUCUUUUCUGUUCCUUUCUCUGUUCCCUCUCUGUGUCUUUUUCUCUAUUCCCUCCUCUCUCUGUGUCUUUUUUGUCUGUUUCCUCUUCCUUUUCUCUAAUUCCCUCUCUGUCAUCUUUUUUCUCUGUUCCUCCUCUCUUUUCUGUCCACCUCUCUUUCUUUUCUUCCCUCCUCUCUCUGUCUCUUUUCUCAUUUCCCUCCUCUCUCUGUCUUUUCUCAUUCCCUCCUCUCUCUGUCUUUUUUUUCUCUCUCGUUCCUCCUCUCUCUGUGUCUUUUUCUCUCGUUCCCUCCUCUCUCUGUGUCUUUUUCUCUCGUUCCCUCCUCUCUCUGUGUCUUUUUCUCUCGUUCCCUCCUCUCUCUGUGUCUUUUUCUCUCGUUCCCUCCUCUCUCUGUGUCUUUUUCUCUCGUUCCUUCCUCUCUGUCUUUUUCUCUCAUUCCCAAAUCAGGACAUAAUCACUACACUGCUCUCUCGCUCUUUUCUCUCUCGUUCCCUCCUCUCUCUCUCUCCCUCUCUCGUUCCCUCCUCUCUGUCUGUCUUUUCUCUCCCCUCCUCUCUGUCUUUUUCUCUCUCGUUCCCUCCUCUGUCUUUUUUUUCUCGUUCCCUCCUCUCUGUCUUUUUCUCUCUGUUCCCUCCUCUCUGUCUUUUCUCUCGUUCCUCCUCUCUGUCUUUUCUCUCGUUCCUCCUCUCUGUCUUUUUCUCUCGUUCCCUCCUCUCUGUCUUUUUCUCUCGUUCCCUCCUCUCUGUCUUUUUCUCUCGUUCCCUCCUCUCUGUCUUUUUCUCUCGUUCCCUCCUCUCUGUCUUUUUCUCUCGUUCCCUCCUCUCUGUCUUUUUCUCUCCCGUUCCCUCCUCUCUGUCUUUUUCUCUCCCGUUCCCUCCUCUCUGUCUUUUUCUCUCCCGUUCCCUCCUCUCUGUCUUUUUCUCUCCCGUUCCCUCCUCUCUCUUUUCUCUCCCCGUUCCCCUCCUCUCUGUCUUUUCUCUCCCGUUCCUCCUCUCUUUCUUUCUCUCCCGUUUUCUCUCUUCUUCCUUCUCUCCGUCCCUUUUCUCUCUUCUUCUCUCCCUCGUUCCCUUCUCUCUCUCUUUUCCUCCUUCUCUCUCUCUCUCUCUGUCUUUUUCUCUCCCGUUCCCUUCUCUCUCUCUCUCUCUGUUCUUCUCUCCCCUUCCUUCUCUCUCUCUGUCCCUUCUCUCUCUCUCUUCCUCUCUCUCUGUCUCUCUCUGUCUCUCUUCUCUCUCGUUCCUCCUCUCUCUCUCUCCCUCCUCCUUCUCUCUCUCAUUCCCUCCUCCUCUCUCUCAUUCCCUCCUCCUCUCUCUUCCCCUCCUCCUCCUCUCUCGUUCCCUCCCUCCUCUCUCUCCUCCUCCUCUCUCUUUUCUCCUUCCUCUUUUCCGUUCCCUCCUCUCUUCGUUCCCUCCCCUCUCUCUUUCUUUCUUUUCCCUCCGUCUUUUUUUCGUCGUUCCUCCUCUCUUUUCCGUUCCUCCCUCUCUUUUCUCUCGUUCCCUCCCCUCUCUUUUCUCUCGUUCCCUCCCCUCUCUUUUCUCUCUCUCCCUCCUUCCUUUUUCUCGCCUUCCUCUAUCUUUUUCUCACCCUCCUUCCUCUCUCUUUCUGUCUUUUUCUCUCAUUCCUUCCUCUCUCUUUCUUUCUUUUUUCUCAUUCCCAAAUCAAAUUGACAAAUCAUUUGUUUCUGGAUUUUAUUUAAAGAGACAUGAUCACUACACUACUCUCUCUCUCUCUCUUUCCCUCCUCUCUCUCUUUUCUCUCGUUCCCUCCUCUAUCUCUUUUCUCUCGUUCUCUCUUCUCUCUCUCUGUCUUUUUCUCUCCUCUUUCUCUCUUUCCUCUCUUUACGACAACUGCUAUUCCCUCUACUUUCUCUACGUUCCCUCUCUUUCUCUCUAUUUCCCUCCUCUUUCUCUCUUGGUUCCCUCCAUAUUUUUCUCUCGUUCCUCCUCUCUCUCUGUUUCCUCUCCGUCUCUUUCCUCCUCUUUCUCUUUUUCCUCUCUCUCUGUCUUUUUCUCUGUUCUCUCCUCUGUUGCCUCUCUCUCUCUCUCCUCUGCCUGCCUAAGUCUCUCUCUCUCCUCCUCUCUUCUUCUUCUUGGUCUUCUUCUUCUUCUUGGUCUUCUUCUUCUUCUUGGUCUUCUUCUUCUUCUUGGUCUUCUUCUUCUUCUUAGUCUUCUUCUUCUUAGACUUCUUCUUCUUAGUCUUCUUCUUCUUAGACUUCUUCUUCUUAGUCUUCUCUUCUUCUUCUUCUUCUUCUUCUUCUUAGUCUUCUUAGUCUUAGUCUUCUUCUUCUUCUUAGUCUUCUUAGUCUUAGUCUUCUUCUUCUUCUUCUUAGUCUUCUUAGUCUUAGUCUUCUUCUUCUUAGUCUUCUUAGUCUUCUUCUUCUUUCUUCUUAGUCUUCUUAGUCUUAGUCUUCUUCUUCUUCUUAGUCUUAGUCUUCUUCUUCUUCUUUCUUCUUCCCUUCUACUUCUUAGUCUUCUUCUUCUUUUCUUCUUUUCUUCUUCUUCUUUUUCUUCUUCUUCUUCUUCUUUUUUCUUCUUAGUCUUCUUUUCUUUUUUCUUCUUCUUCUUAGUCUUCUUCUUCUUCUUAGUCUUUGUCUUCUUCUUCUUAGUCUUAGUCUUCUCCUUCUUCUUCUUCUUUUCUUAUCUUCUUUUAGUCUUCUUUCUUUUCUUCUUAGUCUUAGUCUUCUUCUUCUUCUUCUUCUUUUCUUUAGUCUUCUUCUUCUUCUUCUUCUUUUUAUCUUUUCUUCUUCUUCUUAGUCUUUUUCUUCUUAGUCUUCUUCUUCUUCUUCUUCUUAGUCUUCUUUCUUCUUAUCUUCUUCUUAUUCUUCUUCUUCUUUCUUUCUUAGUCUUCUUCUUCUUCUUCCCUUUUUUCUUAGUCUUCUUCUUCUUCUUUCUUUUUUUUAGUCUUCUUCUUCUUCUUUCUUCUUUUCAGUCCUUAGUCUUCUUCUUCUUUUCUUCUUCUUAUCUUAGUCUUCUUCUUAGUCUUCUUCUUUCUUCUUCUUCUUCUUCUUCUUUUCUUCUUUUCUUCUUCUUCUUCUUUUUCUACUUAGUCUUCUUCUUCUUCUUCUUAUCUUCUUCUUCUUCUUUUUCUUUCUUAGUUCUUUUCUUCUUCUUCUUCUUUAGUCUUUUUCUUAGUCUUAGUCUUCUUCUUCUUCUUCUUCUUAGUCUUUUUCUUCUCUUCUUCUUAGUCUUCUUUCUUAUCUUUUCUUCUUCUUCUUCUUCUUUAGUCUUUUUCUUUCUUAGUCUUUUUUCUUCUUCUUCUUCUUUUUUUAGUCUUCUUCUUCUACUUAUCUUUUCUUCUUCUUCUUCUUCUUCUUUUCUUCUUCUUCUUCUUUUUCUUAGUCUUCUUUUCUUCUUAGUCUUCUUCUUCUUUUUCUACUUAGUCUUUUUCUUCUUCUUCUUCUUUUUUAUUCUUCUUUUCUUCUUCUUCUUCUUCUUCUUCUUCUUCUUCUUCUUUCUUCUUAGUCUUCUUCUUCUUCUUCUUCUUUUCUUCUUAGUCUUUUUCUUCUUCUUUUUUUUCUUCUUAGUCUUUUUCUUCUUAGUUUUUUUUUCUUCUUCUUCUUCUUCUUUUUCUUCUUUUUCUUCUUCUUUUCUUCUUAGUCUUCUUCUUCUUCUUUUUCUUCUUAUCUUCUUCUUAGUUUCUUUUUUCUCUUCUUCUUUUCUUCUUAGUCUUUUUCUUCUUAGUCUUCUUCUUUCUUCUUCUUCUUUUUUUUUUCUUCUUCUUCUUUUUCUUAGUCUUCUUCUUCUUUUUCUACUUAUUCUUUUCUUCUUCUUCUUCUUCUUCUUCUUUUUCUUUUCUUUCUUUUCUUUUCUUCUUCUUUUCUUAUCUUCUUCUUCUUUCUUAGUCUUCUUCUUCUUCUUUUUCUUCUUCUUCUUAGUCUUCUUCUUCUUUUUUCUUCUUCUUCUUCUUCUUAGUCUUCUUUUCUUUUUCUUCUUAGUCUUCUUCUUUUCUUUUUCUUCUUCUUCUUUUCUUAGUCUUUUUUUUCUUAGUCUUCUUCUUUCUUUUCGUCUUAGUCUUCUUCUUCUUCUUCUUUCUUCUUCUUUCUUCUUCUUCUUCUUCUUCUUUUUCUUAGUCUUAGUUCUUCUUCUUCUUUUUCUUCUUCUUCUUUUUCCUUCUUCUUCUUAUCUUCUUCUUCUUCUUAGUCUUCUUCUUCUUAGUCUUCUUCUUCUUAGUCUUCUUCUUCUUAGUCUUCUUAGUCUUCUUCUUCUUCUUAGUCUUCUUAGUCUUCUUUUCUUUUUUCUUAGUCUUCUUCUUCUUUUUAGUCUUCUCUUUUCUUCUUCUUUUCUUCUUCUUAGUCUUCUUUUUCUUUUUAGUCUUCUUUUCUUUUUCUUCUUCUUUUCUUCUUUUCUCUUAGUCUUCUUCUUCUUCUUCUUCUUAUCUUCUUCUUCUUCUUCUUCUUUCUUCUUUAGUCUUUUCUUCUUUUCUUUUUUUUCUUCUUCUUCUUCUUCUUCUUUCUUCUUAGUCUUCUUCUUCUUAGUCUUCUUCUUCUUCUUAGUCUUCUUCUUCUUCUUAGUCUUAGUCUUCUUCUUCUUCUUAGUCUUCUUAUUCUUCUUCUUAGUCUUUCUUAGUCUUCUUCUUCUUCUUAUCUUUUCUACUUCUUCUUCUUUUUCUUCUUUCUCUUUUUAUCUUCUUUUCUUCUUUAGUCUUCUUCUUCUUUUUCUACUUAGUCUUCUUCUUUUUCUACUUAGUCUUUUUCUACUUAGUCUUCUUCUUCUUUUUCUUCUUCUUAGUCUUCUUCUUUUCUUCUUAGUCUUUUCUUCUUCUUCUUCUUUUAGUCUUCUUCUUCUUCUUAUCUUCUUCUUCUUCUUCUUCUUUUUAGUUAGUCUUCUUCUUCUUCUUCUUCUUCUUCUUUUCUUCUUAGUCUUAGUCUUCUUCUUUUUUCUUCUUCUUCUUCUUCUUCUUUCUUCUUCUUCUUUCUUCUUUCUUCUUUCUUUUCUUAUUCUUCUUCUUCUUCUUCUUUUUUUCUUCUUCUUCUUCUUCUUCUUCUUCUUCUUCUUUUUUCUUCUUCGUCUUCUUCUUCUUCUUAGUCUUCUUAGUCUUAGUCUUCUUCUUCUUAGUCUUCUUCUUAGUCUUCUUCUUAGUCUUCUUAGUCUUCUUCUUCUUCUUCUUCUUAGUCUUCUUAGUCUUCUUCUUCUUCUUAGUCUUCUUCUUCUUCUUAGUCUUCUUCUUAGUUUUCUUCUUCUUUUUCUUCUUAGUCUUCUUCUUCUUCUUCUUCUUCUAUCUUCUUCUUUUCUUCUUCUUCUUCUUUUCUUCUUUCUUAGUCUUUUCUUCUUAGUCUUAGUCUUCUUAGUCUUCUUCUUCUUUUUCUUCUUUUCCUUUAGUCUUCUUCUUAGUCUUCUUAGUCUUCUUUUUUUUUUCUUCUUCUUUUCUUUUUUUAGUCUUCUUCUUCUUUUCUUAGUCUUCUUCUUUCUUAGUCUUCUUCUUUUCUUCUUAGUCUUAGUCUUUUUUUACUUAGUCUUCUUCUUCUUUCUACUUAGUCUUUUUUCUUUUUCUUCUUCUUCUUCUUCUUCUUCUUCUUUUUCUUUUUUCUUCUUCUUCCUUCUUCUUCUUCUUAUCUUCUUCUUCUUCUUCUUCUUCUUAGUCUUCUUCUUAGUCUUAGUCUUCUUCUUCUUCUUCUUCUUCUUAGUCUUCUUCUUCUUAGUCUUCUUCUUCUUAGUCUUCUUAGUCUUCUUCUUCUUCUUCUUCUUCUUAGUCUUCUUCUUCUUAGUCUUUAGUCUUCUUCUUCUUUCUUCUUCUUUAGUCUUCUUCUUCUUCUUAGUCUUCUUCUUCUUUUUCUUAGUCUUCUUCUUUUUUUCUUCUUAUCUUCUUCUUAGUCUUCUUCUUCUUCUUAGUCUUCUUAGUCUUCUUCUUCUUCUUAGUCUUCUUAGUCUUCUUCUUCUUCUUAGUCUUCUUCGGGAGACAGAAUAUUUACGCAACACAUUUGAAGGCAGCAUUUAUUCAGCUGGCCCCAUUGCCUUGUCAUUCUACUCUGGAUUUUGGGCCUACAGUGGCUGGAGCUAUUUGAACUUUCUUACAGAUGAAUUAGUGAAUCCAUAUCGAAAUUUACCGUUGGCAAUUAUGAUAUCGAUGACACUCGUUAUUACAAUUUAUUUAAUUACCAAUGUUGCCUACCUUGGAGUUUUAUCCCCAGCUGAAAUGUUGCAGUCAACGGCUGUUGCAGUAACUUUUGCGAAUCGGACAAUUGGAAUCAUGGCCUGGAUAAUGCCAAUCUUGAUUGCCAUUUCUGUGGUGGGAAUGAUAAAUGGAACUUCCUUAGCCAUGUCCAGGUUAUUCUUUGUUGGAGCCCAAAAUAAUCACAUGCCCAAAAUCAUAUCAAUGAUAACAGUUCCGAAUUUAACACCAGCACCAUCUUUACUUGUCAUUCUCAUAUUGGUAAUAUCAUAUCAGCAAUCAGGAGACAUAUUUUUCCUCAUUGAAAUGGAAGGAUUUGGUUUUGCCUCCAUUCUUGUCAUGGUCUUUGCUGGGCAUGUGUACCUCCGGAUAAAGCAACCGGAAUUAGCACGGCCUGUUAAGGUUCCAAUUGGAAUUCCUGCAAUCUUGUGUGUUGUCAGUUUAGCAAUUGUGGUACUGACCUUUUAUCAGAAACCGUAUGAAAGUUUAUUCGCACUUUGUCUUCUCAUUAUCGGUUGUUUAUUGUAUUUCAUCAACAUCAAGUUUAGGAAUAAGUCCAUAGCAUUCAACCAAAGAUUACAAAUCAUAACGUGGAAAAUGUCUUCCAUUCUCUCUCUCUCUCUCUCUCUCUCUCUCUCUCUCUCUCUCUCUCUCUCUCUAUCUAUCUAUCUAUCUAUCUAUCUUCUGGUUUAUAUUUCUGCUUAG